AACAAGAUGGCUGCAAUGUUUUGAUGAAAUAUCUGAAUAAUAACCGUAAGCCCAUGCAAAGAAUGGAUGGUGAUUCAGAUGACGAAGCUUUUAUAGCUAUAGCAAAUGAGCUGUUGGAAAAAUGCAACCUUCCUGGCACAAUAUCUAAACUUGAGGAAUGCAGUGACAACUUCUUUGUCGCAGUUUACAGAGGUCUUCUUGGUGAUGAUUUGCCUGGUAUUGUAGAAAAUCCCAUCUCAAAUGAACAACAUGUUUUGAACUGCCAAACUUUGAUAGAUUCAGUUGCUUCUGAUAUUCUUAGUGUGGAUCUAACUCACAUCACCGGGAGCAGCAUUGUGGAAGGUGACAAGAUUUCAAUUCGGAACUUGUUAGAGAUCUUUGCUGGAUUGCUUGAGUUUUUCAUGGAGUAUGAUGAUGAUGACGCUUCUGGAGAUGAAAAUGAUUCCAAUUUGCUGACUUCAGAACACGAUGUCAUCUCUGGCGUACUAAGAGAAGAAUUUGGUCCCUCAUAUGAAGCUGUUUAUGGUUUUAGGGACAGGAGAGGGGAGAUAAAGAGAGAACCACCAUUGUCACAGCAGUCAAGUGGAGGAGUAAUGCUAGAUAGAAAUGGAGAGGAAAAGAAACAAGGAACACCAGCAACGUCAUCAACCAGAGUCUCUGUUGUGUGGGAUCAUGAAAAUUCCACUGGCUUUGAUGCAGACACUUCAAAGCUAAGUGACUCAAAAAUAGAAGUUGUAAGUGACUCAACAACUGAACUUAUCAGACUUGGAGAGACCAUGUCAGACAGAUUGCAACCAAUAGGGGUAGAAAGAAGGCCAGAAGCCAGAAAUCAGGUUCCAGAUUCAACAUUAGACAUAUCUGCUAGAUCACCUAUGAUCAGUGUCAGUUAUCAGCAUGGUAGCAGACUUUACAGGGAUGAUGCCUUUGGUGGCACUCUAAAUGGCACAAGACCUUUGCAGGAUAAUGCAAAGCCAGUUAUGAAUAAUGCAAGUGCCUUAACAAGUUCCAAAAGACCAGAUUUAUCUGGAAUUAGGGAGCCAGGCCAAUCCAGUGUACUCGGUCGUGAUGCUACUUCUGUAGAAGAUGAACUGACACAGUACACUUUGACACCCACAGAGGUGGGAAAUUCUCCAGCUGUUAGGGAUAAGGACCCUGAAAAGCCUUUAACCAGUUUUCUGUCAUCCUCCUCAACAUCUGCUUCAUGGCCUGAGCAAAUAUCACCACUAGAACCCUUUAAAGACUCUAGCACUAGAGAGGCAAGUAGCUUUGAUGCUCUUGGUGUGAGACCAAAACAAAAGCCCCCAGCAAGUUCAGGUUCAGAAGCUGGGGACAAUAGUGGACGGUCAACUCCAGUUUAUCAUCAUUACCACCAUCACUUUCAUCACACACAGCCACAAGGGACUGUACCAGAAUUUCAGUCUGUAGCUGGAGUUAGUGCAGCAGCCUCAGUUGAUGCACCAGGUGAAACAACCAGUUUGUCAAGGACAAAGCCUACUGGAACAGUGCCAGGAACUAGACCUUGUCCAAGAACAACUGAUAGACUAACAAGGACAGUUCCUGGCAUUUAUACUCACCCUCACUCAGGUCUCUCACAACCAUCUGCCACCACAGUCACAGGAACAACAUCAACCUUAACUGACUCAGUAUUUCUAUCAGGGUCUGGAUCAUCACGUCCCCGUUUUGUAAUGGCAACUAGUUCUGAUAUUCCAGCUGAUUCAUCAAGUGGCAAAGCAGCCUUACAAGGAAGGCCGGCUGUUUCAUUAGCAACAAGUACAGCAACAUCUACAACAGGUUUAUCCACGCCAGUGUUAUCGUCACUGCCACCCACAAGUAACAGAUCUUAUAGUGCAUUAAAGGAACGGGUCUCACUACCAGAACAGACAGACGAACCAACAGACCGAUUGAGUAGUCUGAGGAGAAAGCAGCCAUUAGCGUCUUCUCUCCCCGCCAGACUGCAGAAAGCAUCCAAAAGUUCUGAACAUCCAGCGCUUCGAUCAACAGCUGCAGAGCUUUUACAAAAAUACACCACACCGGAUGACGAAAGUGGUGAAAGUGACAGUGAGAGGGAAGCAGACGACGAGGAGUUAGGUCAGAACAGUGAUAGUGCUGUUGAUUACGGAAGACUUGAACCUCCUGCAGCAAAACCGACGACGAGAGAUUUCUCAACUUCUCGAUCAAGUGGUAGCGCAACCAGGACAUCUACGAGGCCAAGAAUGCCUCGCAGCUAUAAAGAAUCAACUGAAGAAGAUUCUUCUCCUGAACGUGCUCCCCGCCGCGGCGUGACUUUCCGUGAUACCGUAGAAACGUUUCCAGUUUCAGGGAGAAUGGAUCGGUUAAGGCGCCUGUUGUACGAGGAGUCCGAGAAGGAGCGGAAACGACACACUGAAACCAUGCGCAAGACUUAUCGUGACCAGUUGAGGGAAAUACAACAAGAAAAAAAGAAAGAGAAAACUUUGCACAUGAAAAGAAAAUUACCGCUCUCACCAAAAGUUCCAAAGAAGAAACCGAAAAAGAAGUCUCCAAUCCAGAAACGUGGGAGAUUGGAGGCUGUCUAUUGCUCACAGACUAGAAAAUCCCGGCCAGUGAGGAGGACUUUGACAACGGAAAAGGGAAGGAAGAGAAGUGCAUCAGCGAGCCCUGUACUGGGUAGGAGAAAAAGUGACAGUCCAGAUCACCCAGACAUGUUACUUCCUGCCAUGUUGGAGGAGUUCCCUUUCUUGCAUGUCUCGCCCCAAACGGCCCACAGCAUGUGGGACAAGCAGGCGCGGCACCUUAGUUCCUUUCUUAAAUCUGGUGCGGACGCCAAUAGAACCAAAACUCAGAGAAUGAUUGAAGAAGCUGAGAAACGACAAAAGGCGUUAGUGGGAAUUUUAAGAAAAGAUGUGGAACAUAAUAUGAGAAUGCGUGAUAAACAAGAGCGGCAGCAACAACAGCGGACUGUAAAGGCAAAACUGAGAGAAAAACGUCAAGUCUCUGCACGUGCACGUCGAUACUACGAUGAGUACGAGCUGCGCAUGCGGGCCAGAAUGUUGAAGAGGCGCACACGUGAAGAACAGAUCUUUAAAAGGUUGUUUGAGGAUGGUUUGGAGAUUCAAAAACAACGCAUACGCGAACUUAGAGAGUAUGCAAAAGAGAAGAGAGAAACUUUGGCUCAGAGGCAGCAAAAUGAAAUUGAGUCACUAGAAAAUUUCUAUCGUGACCAGUUCGCCAUGUUGGCGGAUGGAAUCGCUCGGGAGAGAUACGAGAUGGAAGUGCGUGAAAAAGCCCAGGAGAAGGUGGUCCGACAAAUGCGACGGGAGUUACGGCGGAAAUUUGAACAUGACGUGCAAGAAUUCCAAGAAAAUCUACAACGGGAUGAAGACUCAGCUUACUUUAGGCAGUUAGAAGCUGACAGACUAAGAGGCAAAUUUCAACUUGCAACCCGCAACGCGUUUUAUUGAAAACCAAGUCGUUCACUUUAACGUUUCUUUAAACGCUGUUACUUCUCGUGUGGAACUGUAGGCGGAGAUGCUCGUUGUUUAUUCGAUUUCCAGAGUCUAGAGUGUAAUUCUACCUACCAAAAAAACUGGGAAAAAGUCCAUUAUGCAUGAAGAGGUAGACUGCUGUGUAAUUUGUUAUUUGAAUUAAGUUGCUUGCGUUUCUUGUGACAAAAUAAAA